GAGACAUCUAUAUUUUAAUUUUAAUAAUAAUAACAACAUGCACACAACACAACCAUAACUUUUGGGUUGUGUGUCUUAUUGGUGGAGGAAUGCUCGUUACCCACUCCUUUUUUAGUUCCCAAAUUCCCCAAAGAAACCAAACCAAAAACAAACGUAUCUGACUCUCUCUAAUGGAGCGGCACAAAUGCAAGCUCUGCUCCCGAACAUUCUCCAAUGGCAGAGCCCUCGGUGGCCACAUGAAGGCUCACUUAGCCACCCUCCCUCUUCCCCCCAAGCCACCACUUUCUCCCUCUGCUGCUUCCUUCUCUUCUAAUUCCUCUUCAGAAGAAGCCACACACGAUGAAAAGUCUCUGAUUUAUGGGUUAAGAGAGAAUCCCAAGAAAUGCUUCCGACUCGCAGAUCCCGAGUUUAACAUGGCCUCUGUGGUUCAAGACAGGGAAAGCGAGACGGAGUCAAAGAACCCAACUCGCCGACGAUCCGAGCGGACCCGAAGAACCGUGAAUUCUGAACUAAAAAAGGCCAAACUCAGUUUCAUGGAGUCGCCAGAGCCCGUGAGCUCUGUCUCCGACACUUCUCCCGAGGAAGAUGUCGCCAUGUGUCUCAUGAUGUUGUCGAGAGACCGAUGGAGUAAAAACAACAACAACAACAUCAUCAUCAUUAACAACGUUGUUAGUAAUGAUGAUGUUGUCGAAGAAGAAGAAGAGGGUGGGAGAUCAGUAGAGAUCAAGUUGAGGAGAGUUCGCGGGAAGCACAAGUGUCAGAGCUGCGGGAAGACGUUUCGAUCUUCACGCGCAUUGGGCGGUCACAGAAGCAUUUGCGAAGGUUCAGGUAACGAUAGUAAAACCUUCCAAUGCCCUUUUUGUUCCAAGGUGUUUGGGUCUGGUCAAGCACUCGGUGGCCACAAGAGAUCUCACCUCAUGCCUUCUUCGUCUUCGACCGCUAACAAUGAUUCUUUUAGAUUGAAAGAGAGCUUCAUAGAUCUCAACUUGCCAGCUCCGGCCGAAGAUGACGACCUUAGUGUUGUUUCUGAUGCUUAAUUAUUACUUCUUCUUCUCCUUCUCUUUGCAGCAACUGGGUAAAGUCUUUUUUUUUUUUUUUUUUUUUUCAUUUUUUUAUAGUAGGUAAAAAAUAUUUCAUUGUGUUCAUUGUUAGAUCAAAUGCUUUUGAUGGUACAAUCAUAGCUUAUAAUUUAUGUUUUCACCAACUGUCUGUCUGUUCUGUCGUGCCUAGGCUCUCUGAACUUACACAUGAUGAUAUUAAAUUAGUAGGUAACAUCCUUCAAUGUGUAACUGAUACAAAAUUAUUUCAAUUUAAUCAUCGUCAGUCAUCUA